GCAAAUUGCAAUAUAUUCCCAAUUCGGUAAUCCACUGCAUAAGAACAUUUAUAUUCCCCUCUUUUCCUUUUUCAUAUUCCUUCCCCGUUAAGAUAAACCAACACAAAUAAAGAAACAUAAUUACACAAAUCGUGAACACAAAAAUAUAAUCAAUUCCAUUCUUAAAGGCGGCCAGAUAAGGAGAAGAAAAAAAGUUUUUUGGGUUGAAUUUUUCACUUUUCCAUUGUUGAAAUUGUCAAAAACAUUUACAGAGGCUUUAGAGAUGAAGAUCACAGCGUUGAUGGUGUUGAAAUGCAAUCCAGAAAGUUCGGAUCCAGUGAUCUUAGCGAACGCAUCUGAUGUGAGCCAUUUCGGGUAUUUUCAGAGAUCCAGCGUUAAGGAAUUCAUCGUUUUCGUGGGUCGGACCGUCGCUAAACGCAAUCCACCCGGCCAACGCCAAUCCGUUCAGCACGAAGAAUACAAGGUACAUUCAUACAAUCGAAAUGGUUUAUGUGCUUUGGGUUUCAUGGAUGAUCACUAUCCAGUUCGAAGUGCAUUUUCACUGCUCAACCAGGUUCUAGAUGAAUAUCUAAAGAGUUUUGGUGAGUCGUGGAAAACUGCGCAAAGCGACAAUGCUCAACCAUGGCCUUAUCUGAAUGAAGCUCUAGCCAAAUUUCAGGAUCCUGCUGAGGCUGAUAAGCUGUUCAAAAUUCAGAGAGAGUUGGAUGAAACAAAAAUUAUUCUCCAUAAGACAAUUGACAGCGUCUUAGAACGGGGUGAGAAGCUCGACAGUUUGGUUGAGAAGAGUUCAGAUCUCAGUGCUGCUUCACAGAUGUUCUACAAGCAGGCGAAGAAAACCAAUUCAUGCUGUACGAUCUUAUAGAUGAUUUCAGAAGAAAGGGGGCUAUUCUAUCACGGACAAACUCAUGUUUACGUUAUAUAUGAAGUAUCGGAAAAUUGCUUGUUUAUACCAUCUAUGAUUUCUGUUAGCUCGAAUUCUUUUGGUUCUCUGCUGUAAUAUGAUCUCAGAUGAAGAGAAAGGUUUCAGUCUCAGAUUGAUAAAGUUGUUUGAAAGUUGUGAUGUCACCUAAAUAUAGUUAUGUGAUAAGUUUCCUGAUGGUUACUGGCUUCCUCUUACCUGUAACUAUCUCUUGAUAUAUGCCGACUCUGAAUACUUUAGUAGUACCUAAAUUUAUAUAUUACUAGUCAUUGGCUAUGAGCAA